UUGAAGGCUAUUCACGAAGGCAGGAAGUUUCCUGCGCUUUAAAUGAACGAUUAUUCCACUUCUAAUUCAAAUCAUAUUGAAAUGAAUGAGAUGGAAUUGUUUAUACGGGUCUUAAUCUUUUAAUCGACGGAAGUAUGGAUAAAUUGGGAGACUAAAGAAGACGAGAAACAUGCCAGAGUAUGAGUGCGAGUAUACUCACGCUCUGCUGAAAAUCACCCUGAAACUUUCGGCUGAUGAAACGCCUAUAUCAGAACCCUGAAACCUGGAAUAUGUCUCUUUUUACCUGCCGUUGGUUUCAUGUCACAUGUUUUGUUUACAUAUGUAGCAACUAUCAGAUAUUUAUCAUGCAAAGCAUGUGAAAUCUUUUUUUUUUUUUUUUUUCCCCGAAUAUCCACAAGACUCUUUUUGCCCAUCCUUCCUGUUUAAAUUCCUUCUUCAUAUUGCCGCCCACUUCUACCUUCCUGAGUCCCCUGUCCCGUCACGCCUCAGGUCUUUGGCCAUGCUACGCAAGAGAAGUUCUCUUAUCAUUUGUGGUGCUUUCGUAUUUGUAGCUUGGAAUGUCAUUCUUCUUUUUGUCCUCUUGGGGCGCCCUCCUAGUAAAGUGGAGCUUGAAAGGCAGGCUGCACCUGAGGAAAAAGCCAGACGAGGAAAAUUUGGGAAUAUUGUAAGUGAGGUGAUGCGUGUAGCUAAUGCGUUUGAAGCCGAGCUGGAAUCGCAGAAGAAAAUCCUCUUGAAAAUCCAGAGCCAUAGGUCACUUUGGGAAAACAACAAAGCCGGUGUGACAGCUGCUAAGCCUAAACAGAAUGCAGGAGGUUUAGCGCCUGUGGUGAUCCCUAUUUUAGUCAUUGCCUGUAACCGUGUAUCAGUGAAACGCUGCCUUGACAAACUCAUUGAGUUCCGUCAAUCGGCCGAGCUCCACCCAAUCAUAGUGAGCCAGGACUGCGGACACGAAGAAACAGCCGGGGUGAUCGCCUCAUAUGGCAGUCAACUGACCCACAUAAAACAGCCUGAUCUUUCAGAUAUCUCCGUACCUGCACAGCAUAAAAAGUUCCAGGGUUACUACAAAAUCUCACGGCAUUACCGUUGGGCACUGAACCAGGUUUUCAACACGUUUUCUUACUCAUCUGUUGUUGUUGUGGAGGAUGAUUUGGAGGUGGCUCCUGACUUUUAUGAGUACUUCAGAGCGCUUCAACCCAUUUUAAACUCUGACCCAACUCUGUGGUGUGCAUCUGCCUGGAAUGACAAUGGCAGGGAAGGAUAUGUUGAUCCUGGUAAAGCAAGUCUAUUGUACAGGACAGAUUUUUUCCCAGGUUUGGGCUGGAUGCUCACCAAGGACCUCUGGGUGGAGCUUGAGCCAAAAUGGCCGGCCUCAUUUUGGGAUGACUGGAUGCGCCACCCCGAUCAGCGCAAAGACAGGUCCUGCAUUAGACCAGAAAUUUCCAGAACUUUAACGUUCGGUCGUAAGGGUGUGAGUUUGGGUCAGUUUUAUGACAAGUACCUCCGAUUUAUCAAGCUUAAUACCGAAAAUGUGCCUUUUACAAAAAUGGACUUGUCUUAUUUGGAUAAGAAGAAAUAUGAUGUGAAUUUUGAUAAAGAAGUUUACGAUGCUCUAGUUGUAACUGUGGAGGACUUGCAGAGUGGGAAACUGUCUGGACCUGGCCCAUUUCGGGUGCAGUAUUCCAGUCCAGACAGUUUUAAAUCCUUGGCUCGCAAUUUUGGGGUGAUGGAUGACCUAAAGUCAGGUGUACCACGUGCAGGGUAUAGAGGUGUUGUUAGUUUCCUUUUACAUGGAAAGAGGAUCUAUUUAGCCCCACCAGCUGGUUGGACUCAGUAUGAUCCAAGCUGGAGUUGAGGUUGGCUGUGCCUACCUCACAAACGAAAGCGAUUUCAGGUGCAAAGCGUGUGCGCGAGCACACACACACACAUGCAUAUAUAAUGCGCUUGCAUGUUAAAACCUGUCUUCAAGAUCUGUUACCAUCAUUCCCUUCACAGCUGUCAAAUCAUGGCAGUUACAGUUAUUGUCUUAAAAUUCAGUUUUGCAGCUCUAAAAUCCUAGAGGGGUUUCAAGAUGAAUAUAAUAUGAUACCAAAGAUAAUAGUAAAUAAAUGGAUCUCUUAGACUUUUGGCCUCAGGUUUAUAUAAUUUGUCAAUAUAAAGAGUCAAAAACAAUCUACAUCAUAACUUUAUUUUCAUGUCACUAAACUGACAUUUAGGCUGUAUAUCUAAACUGAAAUCUUAUCCUGUUUAGUUCUACUCAUUUUCUUUACACAAAGUAUAUUUGUUAAGGAACAGACAAUGAGGGUAUAAUAUAUGUAAACAAAAUAACAAAAAGAUUUUUUAAACUGAAUACUGCUCCAAGUGCCUAUAAAUGUUGGAUUUUUUUGAUUCACUUGUUUGUAGUCUUAUAUUGUGUGUACGUUUCAUUGAAUUGUGAUAUCAAUAUGUUGGGGGGGGGUCAUUUGACACUUGAUUAUGUUUGUGAUGUGCUUAAAUACUAGUAAUUUGUUCUGA